CGAGACUGCGCGGCGGGGCUCUGAGGGAGGAGGAGGAAGAUGGCGGCGCGGCGGGGCGCCCUCGUCUGCCUACCCCUCGCCCUGGCGCUCCUCGCCGGCAGCAGCAGCAGUGCUCGGGCUGCCGGGCCGUUGCCUGCCGCCUCGUCUGAGGCUUUUGACUCCGUGCUGGGCAACACGGCGUCGUGUCACCGCGCCUGCCAGCUGACCUACUCCUUGCACACCUACCCCAAGGAAGAGGAGCUGUAUGCCUGCCAGCGAGGCUGCCGCCUCUUCUCCAUUUGCCAGUUUGUGGACGAUGGCAUCGAUUUGAAUCGAACCAAACAGGAAUGUGACUCUGCCUGUACUGAAGCAUACUCCCAAUCUGAUGAACAAUAUGCUUGCCAUCUUGGAUGCCAGAACCAAUUGCCAUUUGCUGAGUUAAGGCAAGAGCAAUUAAUGUCCCUGAUGCCAAGAAUCCAUCUCCUCUUUCCUCUAACGCUGGUGAGAUCGUUCUGGAGUGACAUGAUGGAUUCAGCUCAGAGCUUUAUAACAUCCUCAUGGACUUUCUACCUUCAAGCAGAUGAUGGCAAAAUUGUUAUUUUCCAGUCAAAACCAGAAGUACAGUAUGUUCCACAGCUUGAUCAAGAAACUGGAGAUACAAGAGGAUCCUUACCGCUGAGUAAAACAGCCUCAGCCCUGCGCCCAGGGAGUUCACAGACGUACCGAGGGCUUUUUGAAGAGCGAGAAAAUGAUAGUUUCUUCAAGUGUCUGUCCAUAAAUUCCAGUUGGAUUUUAACCACUACACUGGUCCUGUCAGUGUUGGUGCUGCUCUGGAUUUGUUGUGCAACUGUAGCUACAGCUGUUGAGCAGUAUGUUCCAUCUGAGAAGCUGAGCAUCUAUGGAGAUUUGGAAUACAUGAAUGAACAGAAACUGAACAGAUAUCCAUCCUCUGCACUUGUUGUGGUUAGAUGCAAGACUGAGGAACAUGAAGAAGCAGGACCUCUUCCUACAAAAGUCAAUCUGGAUCAAUCAGCAAUUUAAAUAAGUUUCCUUUGGAUCUGAUAGACUAAUUCUAACAGAGCUAGCAACUUCUGAUUGUUUGUGAUGGUUUUCCAGACCCCAAGCUUAGCAAGCAGUCUUUAAAUGCAAAUAAAGUUACAGAAUUAAGAAA